GUAAUCAUAAACUCACCAAACUCCGACACCCCUCUUUGCUUUACCCCACUGUACAGACAACCCCCCAACACACACACACACUCUCUCUCUCUCUCUCUCUGAAAACCAACUGAUCAAAUCUGCCAUUGCUUACCCUGACACUAUGACCAGAUAAAAACAGAUACACUUUUUUGGUCAAAGAAGAAAGGCUGAGUAGAUAGCAUAUUGUAGUUCUUGAAGAUAUAAAGAAGAGUGUCACAGCUAUUGAGAAAAGUGUGCUUAUUUUGAUCAUCAAUGGCUGAAAUUAUUGGCCCUAGAUUGUACAGUUGCUGCAAUUGUAAGAAUGAAGUUGCACUACACGAUGACAUCAUUUCUAAGGCUUUUCAGGGAAGAAAUGGUCGAGCAUUUUUGUUUUCUCAUGCAAUGAACAUAGUCGUGGGGCCAAAAGAGGAUAGACAGCUAAUGACGGGCCUCCAUACAGUUGCUGAUGUCCAUUGCUGCGACUGUCGUGAGGUUCUUGGCUGGAAAUACGAACGAGCUUAUGAAGAGACGCAGAAGUACAAGGAAGGGAAAUUCGUGCUUGAGAAGUCAAAGAUUGUCAAGGAUAACUGGUAGUCCACUGUGAAGUCUGUGAAAGUGUGUUGAUGUUCAUACAUGUUAGAUGUUAAAUCAAUUCUCAUCAAUUCAAAAUGUCAAUUCAUUGAUCUGUAAAUUUCUUAUGUUUAUUGUCCAAUUGGAUUGAACAUCCUGAACAAUCUUGUAAAUAUUUUAUCUCCAAAAUCAUAAUUUGUAAAUAUCACAAAAUUAUAAUAUCUGCUCCUCUUGGUUUCUGCUA